AUGGUCCAACUAAGUCAUAGACCCGGCUCUAAUAAGCUUCGGUUAACUACCGUUUUAUGUCUCCUGGCCGUUCUGCCUUUCACGUUGGCCAGCGGAGUCGACCCACGACCUGCCAUCGGCUUUGAUCUUGGGCAGUCCUACGGGACUGCGGUCGCACAUCUGCCUAACGGAACUAUUGUCAAGCUUGCCAAGAUCGAGGGGAGCCCACGAUACAGGGCUUUUAUGCAAAGCGAGUUGGAGAAACAGAAAGACUACCUAGAUUGGUAUGAAGAGCGUACCAGAUCCAGUCUACUAUGGGAAGAAAUAUUGAUCUUAUUAAAUCGAUAUACCGGGUUUGGCCCAACGUAUGGCGGUACAAUCCUCGCUGAGAUGCUUAGGUCGCUGCGAAUUGCAUCAGAAGCCACUCUUGGAGCACCUCUGCCAGCCACUGUCGUCUUCACUGCGCCAUAUGUGCGUGCAUGGCAACAUGAGGAAGCAUUACUGGAUGGCCUGCUGCAAAGGGCGCGCAUACUCGCAGGCCUCAAGCCUGUAACGAUUGAGAAUAUGGAUCCUGUCUAUCUUGGCGAGACUAAUACUGUUCUCGCUGCCAACAGGCGCCGGAUAUGCCCAAAUCUUCGUUGUUUCGGCCCUAGUAUAUUUGAUGAGCCUCCAUGGGCCUACGAAACCGAGCCUUUAAGAACCGACCAAGUAGUAUAUUUUGUUAGCUUCACAUAUCACUCUCUAUACACCUCCUUUCAACUAGCAACCAGCAAGAGCACGCAAGCGACGAGGAAAGCUUUUGGCGUAAGCUUGAAGAUUACCUUGUAUCCAAAGCUGAAGAGUGAGGCCGCAGAUAACCCAAAGUUCAUGGACGCCGUCAGACAAGCCAUCACGCGUAUACAAAACGACCCUAUUCACAGGUAUAAGGAGGCCAUGACAGGCCCCAAGGUGGAAUUGCUAGUCUCCCAGGAUCUAACAUACGCGGCUGCUGCUGGUGUUGCGCUCUGGAGGCGGAGCAUGAUUGACUCGUCGUACUGUGAGAAUGUGGCAAGAAUGAACAAAAAGGAUCAUGAUGAGCUAUAA